AUGGAUGGCCAUCAAUCGAAUCAACAGCAACCACAAAAAUUGCAAUCGUCAACCGCCGCUGAAUAUGGUAAUAACAAUAAAAAUAUUGGUACUCCACCCGCUCUGAUGGCGUUAGCGUCAACAGCGGAUGCAACAAGAACAAGCAAUUCAAUGGCUUUACCACACGAAUUGCCCAAUGUUUAUUCGACUUCGCAUAAUCGUGAUGGUAUCCCAACAGUUUAUGGUUAUCCACCAAGUAACAUCAGUUCUUUAACCCCUCAUUAUGCGCCAUUACAGGCUCAGCUAUAUGAUCAGUACGGUGAAUUAGCACUACAUGCUAUGCCUGUACUCCCUAUUCAUCAUACGCAAUUACAGCCAGCGUCAGCUGUUGGACAAACUCAUCUUAUUGCCAGUAAUAACUUACAUCAAAACGAAACAACAGCAACUGCUAGAUCUACAAAUGCCGGACAAAUUGGAGUUCAGUUUGAUGGCUCUAGCGGAGCAUUUAAGCCUUUCACUACUACAAAAGAUGCAACUACAAGCGAUGAUAGAAAAGCUAAUACUGAAGAGAAGAACAAAACUGAUGAUCGCGUUAGUCAAGCCAUACCAUCUGAGGGUGAUAAAAAUAAUAAUAAUGCCAAAAAGGAAGAAGAUUUAUCAGCAGAGACAAAUGGUGUAGACAAUGCCGGCACAUCCAAGGAUAGCUUGGAAGUGGAAAAUAAUCGUGAUGGGAGAUCUCGUCGUAAAAGGAAAUCCACUUAUGGUGGUAAUUGUCCAAUAUGUGGUAUGACUAUAAGGACAAGUGAUUUACAAAGCCAUUUGGAUAUGGAGUUGAAGAAAAUGACUGCCAUGUUUUCUUCUCUGAGUAAAAGUAAUUCGCGUAGGAAUUUGCGUGAAUCAAGCCAUGGAAGAAAAUCCACGCAACAGGCAUCGAGCAAGAAGCAGAAAGAAAAUACGGAAAGUUUGUCACCAAGCAUUUCUCAUGGAUCGUUGUAUGAAGUUUUUGAAUCUGUACGAAAUAACAGAUUAAUCAGGAGUAAGGGUGAAAGUUCAUCGGAUGGAACGUCUUUAACAAGCAAUGCAAUGAAUAGAAGAUUAUUAAAUCAAGGAAGAUAUAGUGGUAAUACAUAUUUGACAGCCUCAAGCUCUACAACAUCUACAUCUACCUUGUGUCCAAUUUGUAAUCAAUCAAUUACUGGCAGUGAUACGGAAAUGAACGAUCAUGUAAAUAAUUGUUUAGGUAAUAAGGGUAUUAGCAACGAAGGAAGUAGUGGUCAUCAAAGUGAUAAAUUUAUUGAAUACGAUUGGUGUGGCGAAUCAAGGGUACGAGCCACCGCGUUGGUUGAGGAAGACUUGACUGCAUCUGGUUUUGAAAAAAUUAAAAAAACUGAUGAAGACGAAAAUGUUGUUAUUGAUAUUGAUGUUAGCGAAGCUUUUGGUAAGUCGCAGUACACAGAAGCUGAUUUAAUACCAUGUAGUGCUGAUGAAGCUAAAGAAGAGCGAUCUAGAAAGGCUUUGCGGCAAGCUAUGCUAGGAAUUGAUAAAUCAUCCAAAGCUGUGGAAAGUAGUAAAUGGACUAACUGUAAAUCGAAUGAUAUAGAUAUUAAAAGUCAAGUGGUAGAUGGUGUUGGAGGUGAUACUGAAAAAGGAAUCAAGGAUCGUAAUUCCGAUAAGAGAACAUCGGAUAGUUCAUCGUCGUUUAAUCCGUCUUAUAGAUGCUUAAUAUGCAUGGAGCCUUACUAUAUCCCAUUAACUUCGAUUAAUUGUUGGCACGUUCAUUGCGAAGAAUGUUGGAUGCGAACACUAGGUGCUAAAAAACUUUGUCCGCAGUGCAAUGUAAUAACUUCACCAGCCGAUUUACGAAAAAUUUAUCUAUAG